AUGUCUUGGUUUCACAAAUCUUUUCCUGUCGCGGCCUUCCGCUCAGCGGGGAUUGCGGCACAUGUGCCGCUCCACCCCCAGUGGCUCACGAGCCGCGCCACGCCCCAACACGCCGCCCAUGGCGCAGCGCGCUCCCGCUCGGCCGCCGUCCGGGACAGCUCCUAUACUGAGGAGGGGCGCCGGCAGUAUGACGUAUUUGUGAUCGGCGGCGGCAGCGCCGGCGUGCGCUGCGCCCGCGUUGCAGCAGAGCGCGGUGCCCGCGUCGCGCUGUGUGAGCUGCCGUUCGCUUUCCUCAGCUCCGACACCGCCGGCGGCGUGGGCGGCACGUGCGUGCUACGCGGCUGCGUGCCCAAAAAGCUGCUCCUCUUCGCUGCUGAGUUCGCCCCUGAAAUCGCCGGCAGCCGCGGCUUUGGGUGGAAGCUGGACGGCAGCUACGAGCUGCAAUGGGACGAGUUCAUGGAGGCAAAGCGCAACGAGCUGCUGCGGCUCAGCCACACAUACUCCGACACACUUGCCAAGUAA